AUGACGAAUCAGCAGUUGGGGAAUCAGAUGGGCGGCGUCAGUCAGGUGGAGGAGGAAGAAAAGGCCGAGCCUAAAGGAGCUUUACAUCAACACUGUGAUUGGUUCACACGCAACCUCCUGCUGACCCUGACCAUACUGGGUGUGAUAGGUGGGUCAGUGAUGGGCCUGCUCCUGCGUUACGUUCCUGAUCUGGACUCGGACACGCUGAUGCUGGUCUCAUUUCCUGGAGAUAUCCUGAUGAGGAUGCUGAAGAUGCUGAUUCUUCCCCUCAUCAUCUCCAGCCUCAUCACAGGCCUGGCAGGUCUGGACGCCCGCUCCAGUGGGAGAAUGGGCACCAGGGCCAUGGUGUACUACAUGUCCACCACCAUCAUCGCCGCAGUUCUGGGCGUCAUCCUGGUGCUCACGAUUCACCCGGGGAACCCCAAACUCAGGGCGAAUCAGGUGAGCGCCGGACCCAAGAACCAGGAGGUCAGCAGCCUGGACGCUUUCCUGGACCUGAUCCGGAACCUGUUCCCAGAGAAUCUGGUUCAGGCCUGCUUCCAACAGGUUCAGACAGUCCUGAAGAAAGUGGCCGUGCCCCUGGACAAUCAGACCGAGCCCGUUUUCGUCAACAGGAAGAAACUGGAGUUUAAAUGGGGGAUGAACGUACUGGGCUUGAUCGGCUUCUUUAUCACGUUUGGGCUCUGCAUGGGCAAAAUGGGAGAGAGGGGAAAGGUCAUGUCGGACUUCUUCAACAUCCUGAACGAGAUCAUCAUGAAGAUGGUGUCCAUGAUCAUGUGGUACUCCCCCGUCGGCAUCGCUUCUCUGAUCUGUGGGAAGAUCGCAGCUAUCGGAGACCUGGAGGUGGUGGCCCAGCAGCUUGGCAUGUACAUGGUGACGGUGAUAGUCGGACUCAUCAUCCACGGUGGGAUCAUUCUGCCGUUUAUAUUCUUUGCCGUAACCAGGAAGAACCCGUUUACCUUUUACUCCGGGAUCUUCCAGGCCUGGAUCACGGCACUCGGGACGGCCAGCAGCGCAGGGACGCUGCCCGUGACCUUCCGCUGCCUGGAGGAGAAUCUGAAGAUCGAUAAGAGGGUCACGCGCUUCGUGCUGCCCAUCGGCGCCACCAUAAACAUGGACGGCACCGCGCUCUACGAGGCCGUGGCGGCGAUUUUCAUCGCCCAGAUGAACGGCAUCAAACUGGAUGGAGGACAGAUCGCCACAGUCAGUAUGACGGCCACUCUGGCGAGUGUAGGAGCUGCCAGUAUUCCCAGUGCAGGUCUGGUCACCAUGCUGCUCAUCCUCACCGCCGUGGGUCUCCCCACGCAGGACAUCAGUCUGCUGGUGGCUGUCGACUGGCUGCUUGACAGGAUGCGAACCUCCAUCAACGUGGUCGGCGACUCCUUCGGCGCGGGCAUCGUGGACUUCCUGUCCAGGGCCGAGCUGGCUCAGAUCGACGCGGACGCCCCCCGGCCGGACGAGGAGUUCGUCCCCCCGCCCCCGCUCCUCACCGAUAUAGACCUGAUCGACCCCGUGUGUCCCCCGGAACUGCCCCCUCGCUUCCCCCGGCCUCCCAGACUCAACCAUCACCCUGACCCGUACCCGUCUCUGAGCCACUCUCGGUCACUCUCGCCCCGGUCGGUCCGCUGCCCCUCGCCGCGCUCCAUCCACUCGCCCUCGCCCCUCUCCGUCUGCUCGCACUCGCCACGCCCCUUCCGUACGCGCUCGCCGUGCCUCCUCCGCCGCGGCGAACACGGCUACCGAGCCCUGCCCUGCCACGACAAUCAGGCGUGCACGCUGCCGCGGGACUACAGGGAACCACAGCGCGAGCGAGGGCAGGAGAGGUGCCGAGAGAAAGAGCGGCUGCGCAGGCGGGAGCGAGAACGAGAGAGCGAGACGGAAGAGGACGAGGAGAGAGAGAGGAUGACGGACGGCGGGAGCGAAAGAGAAGACAGCGACGACACCGCCUACGACCGGAGUCACACCAUCCCGCCCGGCGAGCUGCCGUGA